AGAGGUUUAUGCUUUCAUGUCUGAAGCGGCCUUUCAGUGAGACGAGACAUGAGUGGGGAACUCCUAAUCCAAAAGAAAGCAGAUAAUCAUUACCAGGCAGGUGUCAAUGCUAUGUCACAGUUUCAGUUUGAGAAGGCUGUGUCCUGUUUCUCAAAGGCCAUAGUGCUCCAGCCUCAACAGACACAGCUCUAUGUAGAGCGAGCAGAAGCUUUCCUUCAGCUGUGUGAUUUUCAGUCUGCAGCACUGGAUUACAAACACACCUGUAUGCUGGAACCACAAAAUGAGGUCUAUUCACAGAAACUGGCCUUCAUUUACUACCUGCAGGGUCAGUGUCUCUAUGAUUUGGGGAUGUCUGUGGAGGCUUUGGAGUCUUUCACAAAAGCGGCGGAAAUCAAACCCGCUUUCCGGCCUUAUCACAUGAGAAGCUUGGCCUGUCUGACUGCUCUGGGCCGAUACUCGGACUGUCUUCGUCUGGUCAGUAACUGGCUGGAGACAGGUGACCCUUCAGCUGACCUCUUUACUUUAAGAGCUCGCCUACACCAGCAGCUCAAUCAGAUGACUUUGUGCUAUCAUGAUGUGAGAUCCGCGCUGAGACUGAAACCGAGUUGUCAGGAGGCGAGUGCUCUGUUGAAGAAGCUGCAGGAGACGGCGGAGCGUUCUCAUCACGCAGCCGUUGAUAAAGCGCUGAUGGGAGAGCUUUCAGAUGCACUGGGGAAAAUAAACACAGCUCUGGAGUAUAACCCCAGUAAAGCACACUACUAUCUCUUUAGGGGGAUUCUGUAUCGUCGCCUUAAAGACUUCACUGCUGCCAUCGAUGACUUUGUUCUUGCGGUUGACUUGUGUGGGGUUGGAGAAGAACCACCUGAGGGUGAGGAGCAGGAGAUCUCAGGGGCUUUAGAAGAGGAUGCUCAAACCCAACUGGUGCUCACGUACAAUGAUUUUGCAGUUCAGUGCUUCUCCAGGGGUUUGUAUAGGGAAGCCGUCGUGCUGCUAAACAAGGCCAUCGAGAAACAGAGAGAUGAGAGCGCGCUGUUCAUCAACAGAGGAGAUUGUUUUUAUAAGCAGUGCGAGUGGAUGUUUGCAUUGGCGGAUUAUCAGCUAGCAGAGGAGAUGGGUCCCGACAACACGGCUAUCCGGCUACGACUCGCUGUCAUUCACAACACGCUGGGCCUGCACAGAUUCAACAACAAGAAGUACCAAGAGGCAGCAGACACGUUUUCAGUAGCUAUAAAGCACAACCCUGCCGUAGUUCAGUACUACGAAAAUCGAGCCAAAGCUUCUAGCAAAGCAGACAGACUGGAAGAAGCAAAGCAGGAUGCCAUCAGAGUUCUUAUCUUAGAUCCCACCAAUGAGCAGAUGGUGGCUUUGCUGUUGCGUCUGCUCCCAGGAUGCUCUCUGUCUGACAUCAUGUCCUGUGCUACUGCGCAGUCGGUCGAGAGGCAG